AUGAAAAUCCAAACUAUUAUUCAAAUAGUUUUGAUAUCAUUUUUAUUUUUAAAUGUAGAAUCUAAAAAAAUAAAUUGUUUACAUUUACAACAAGAUGAAUGUAUUAAAAAUAAAGAUAAAUGUUUUUUAAGUAAUGUUAAUUCAUGCUGUGAAAAAGAUUUUUUAAUGUGUCUACCAAUAUCAAGUAAGUACUGUGAAUCACAAACUGAUGAUGUUUUUUCAAAUAAAAAUAUUUUAAAGAAAUCACCACCAUCCAGUAGUCAUGAAUGGUGUUUAAAAAAGAAGAAAUCAAUUUUAAGAUUUAAUACAUCAUGUGUACCAGAACUUGAUUUAGAUUCAGAAUAUUUUAAACCAAAUUUAUAUAAAUGUAAAUAUUCAAAAUGCCAAAAAGGAUUUAAAUGUGUUGAUGAAAAAUUACAUAAAAAAUGUGAAACUGAAAAUAAUCCAUGUUGCAAAUAUGAAUCAAAAUGUGUACCAUCCAAAGACAUUGAUCAAAAUGAAGCACCAAUUUUUAAAAAUCCAAAAGGUCAAUUAGCACAAGAUAUAUACAAUCAUUUAAAUCCAGACUCUCCCCAAUUUAAAGAUAAACCAAAUCAUGAAAAUCACAAAAAAGAUAAAAAUAAUAAAAAACAUAAAAAGGAUAUUAAGAAUAACUCUGAUAAAAAUAAUAAUAAUAAUAAUAAUAAUAAUAAUAAAAAAAAUAAAACUAUUAACAAUAAUGAACCAAAUCAAAAUCAACAAUCAAAUCCAAUUGAUAGAACUUUUAAUAAUGAAACUCCAUUUCCAUGGAAUUUUAAAAAUCAAGAUCAACAACAACAAAAACAAGAACAAACACAAAAACAAACACAAAAAGAAUAUUUUAAAGCAGGUUCACCAUAUCCAGUUUUACCAAAUUUAAAUAAAGAACCAACAACUCAUUUAAAUACAAUUGAACCAACAUCAUUUACAGCAAGUGCUAGCAGAUACCAAUUAGAAGGCAAUGAUAAUAAAGAUGAAGAAAAUAUUGAUGAAAAUAAUGGUGAAGAUAAAAAGAAGAAGAAAAAAAAAAAGAAGGAUGAUAAAUCAAAGAAACCAAAAGAUGAUGAAAAACAUACAAAGAAACCAAAUGUAACUGAACAACCAGCUGAUGAUCCAUCAAUUGAAAUAACUGAGGAGCCAACAAUUACACCAAGUAGUUCACCAGUUCAUCAAGAUCCAUGUAAAAAAGCAACAUGUCCAAAUGGUAGUCAUUGUUUAGUUUAUGGAAAUCAAGCAUACUGUAAACUUGAUAAACCACCAAAUUAUCAAACAAUGAGUCCAUUACCACAAAAACAACAACCAUCUGUUAAAAAGAUGGAUUCAUUAUCAAUGUUUUAUAAAAAAUCAAAAAUGUUAUUAUCAGAGUAUACAACUGAACAAAGACCCCAACUAACAUGUUCAACAAUUAAAUGUGAAGAUGAUGAAGUAUGUAUAAAUAAAGUUGGUUUAAAUCCAUAUUGCCAAAUAAAACCACCACCAAAGCCAGUGUCAUAUAAUAAAACCAGUUGUAGUCAAUGUCCAAUUGGUUCAUAUAGAUGUAACCCAAAUCCAAAUGGUUCAGGUGUAAUUUGUGAAACUGAUGCAAUUAAUUGUAGAUUAAUAGCUUGUAAAGAAGGUGAAUUCUGUAUUGACAAUAUUGAAAACACUCCACCAAAAUGUUAUCCAAAAUUAUUGUGCAACCUAUCAAAAAUACCACCUGACUAUUAUUGUAUAUCUGAUGAAAUUAGAGGAGGAUUCUAUGUUAAAUAUGAAUCAUAUAUUGAUCUUUCAUGUGAAACUUUAUUAUGUGAAGGUGUAAAUAGUUAUUGUGUUGAAAAUGGUGGUCCAAUUUGUAAAACUUGGCCAAAUGAUACAAUUCAAUAUCAACCAAGUUGUGAUAAAUGUCCAAAAGAUACAAUGAGUUGUACUCCAAAUGAAAAUAGUAAUAAUAAAGGUGUAGUUUGUAGAAUUGAUCGUCCAUCUUGUUCAGUUAUUCAAUGUCCAGAUAAUCAAUAUUGUGUAAACACUGACAAAGGUCCAAAAUGUUAUAAAAGAUCAAUAGAAUGUAGUAAUUCAAGAUGUCCUAGAGAUUAUACUUGUAAAAGAGAUGAAAUUAGAGGUGGUGCUUGUUUAAAAAAUUAA